AUGAAGCACACAGCUGACGCCCCCUUCUCCACUCUGAGCAAAGCAGGUGGGGCUGAGUGUCUGUUUCCGUCCUUUGAUGAUGACGACAGCAAAGCUGAAGGCGUAGUUUCGUUUGUUCAAGCUGCUGAUUUAUUUUGUGUUUUACUUCGUUCAUUUUGUUUCAUUUCAGAUUUUUUUUUUCUCCGUCGGUCAUGUUUUCUUUGUGGCGUUUGUGCUUCAGUCACCAAGCGUUUCCUUCCGAAGAGUCGAGCUGUGUGUUCAGGAGUUUUCCGUGCAACAAGUGGAGCAGUGAAGGACAGAGAACCUCUAAAGAAAGCUAAAACCCCUCAGGGACGACUUGACAGUCCAGAGGAGAAGAGCAACGAUGUUCUGGAAAAGUUUCCUGAUGAUGUAAACCCUGUAACCAAGGAGAAGGGGGGCCCCCGAGGACCAGAGCCCACGCGCUAUGGAGACUGGGAAAGAAAAGGCCGCUGCAUCGACUUCUAGCUGUUCCGGCAUCCUGAGUGUGUAUAUUAUAAACAGUCAAACAGAAAGUGACAGCGAGCAACAUGUUCAGAACACAAACAGUCUGACACUCCAGUGUGACAAAAGACAAACGAGAGUCUGAAGAGCUGGAACCAGACAAGGGUCAACAUUGAUGCUUGAGAACCAAUCAAAGAGAAAUUCAUCAUCUGUCCAUGAUUGUCUUACACACAUGUUGGAUCUGGAUUUAAUCCAUUUCAACAGUGGUUGUUGCAACCUUGGAGCAAAUCACAUCUACAAAAAAUAAAUAAAUAAAUAAAACGAGCAAACAAAUAUAACAUCUAGACAGUUCAUGUGGACUUUUAGUACAUAACCAGCUGUCCGGACUGUUUGUCCAAACUGUUCACCCAGUCUGGCCUGAAAAGAUACAGUGGUAUGCAAAUGUUUGGGCACCCGUGAUGAUUUCCAUGAUUUUCUUUUAUAAAUCAUUGGUUGUUUGGAUCA